UUUUAUUUUGUUAUAAAGUCGCAUCAUUAGUAUUGUGUAAUAAUUAAGAGUGAUAUUUCAUUUGUUCGUUUUUGUUGUACGACAAAUUUUUCAACCUGUUGAUUGGUUGUAGGAUAGAGAGAUCCGAGAAUCUCUACACACAUUUGUCGUACAAUAAAAAACGUAAAAAUGAAAUAAUACAAAUAAUGAAUAAACAAAUGAAAUUGCAUGAUAUAAGAUAAUGAUAUAAGAAAGAGACGGGGUCAGAGAACAAGAGAAUUUCGAUUUUAUUAUGUAUUAUCAGAGAGAAGCUUGGCUUAUUCUCUCUGCUCUAUGCAGUAUAAGUUCUGCGAUAUUCAAUACAACAUAAAGGUUGGAAAUUCAUUACUAGGACACAGAAAGAAGUAGAGACUAAAAUUAGAAAUUUAUCGGCUAGAAGAAGAAGAAAAAGAAGAAAGAGGAAUGUAAGAUUUACAAAAGAUGUCUGCCUUGAAAGUUCUAUGUAUUAUUAUUUCGAUUGUAUUCGCCGUGAGUGGCAGCGAAUUCGGAUUUUGCAAAGUGCCUGACAAGUGCACCAUGGAUUCAAGGAAAUGCAUCGUUGAGAAUCACUUCACAAAAAAACGUUAUAUCCUUUAUGAUGUGAAUCCUGCAGAAGGCUUCAAUUUGAGAAGAGAUGUGUACAUUCGUAUUGCUGUUUUCUUAAGAAAAUUAAUUGAGAGGGACAAAGAAUUCCAGUGGCAACUAGUUUUGCCACCAUGGGGUAAUCUAUACCACUGGCGAAGCAGAAAUAUAGGAUCCCAAGAGCGUCUAUUUUGGAGUACCUUUUUUGACAUUACGAGUUUACAACUAUAUAUACCUGUCAUUGAGAUGUAUGAAUUUGUGAAAGAGUACUCAUGUGGGAACAGAGAGGUGCAACUUGAUCGUCUGUACAUUCUACAAAAUGACGAGGAAAUGUUCAAGACAGGUAAAUUCGAAGAUAAAAACGAGCUGAUAGAGUGCGAUCAUGAUUCUUUGCGAUAUCAUAAAUUAAAACAACAUAUGUACACUGGUCCAUUCUGGGGCUAUUCUAACGUCACAGCUCGAGAUGUGAAAUGUCUUAAAUUCCACGGCAUGGCACGAGACCUUUCUCAGAAUCUCAAGCCAACGCGAUACAGAUCCAUAAUGUUUGAUCGUAUGGAGAUUGCUUUACACGACGAAUACGGAUCUAAAGAAUAUUGGAGAGCUAGACGCAGCAUGCGUUAUAAUUCUGAAUUGUACAAUAUCGCGGAAGAUUAUAGGAAAACUUUCCUGAAUUCUACAAAUAAGAAUGAUAAUACGGAGCGACCAGCAGAUUGGACUAAGGAGAAGUUCAGAAUCGGCGAAAUGCAAGAGGCGGGUCAUAUUUGGCGGUUCAUCUUAGAAGACGCGAUUUUAUCAUGGCUCAUAAGGCGUCGGUACCGACAAUAAUGAAUACUGCCUUACAAUUACAAAAAAGAAUGGUUAAGCUUGGACUAACCCUAUUGUUUAUUGCGACAGAUG